AUGCAUUGGCAGCACGUGAUUGUUGGUGAUUUUAUCCAUGUAUCGCUGGAUGAAGUGAUUCCUGCUGAUAUAUUGCUAAUCCGGUCGUCUGAUCCGGAUGGAGUUUGUUUCGUUGAAACAUCUAACUUGGAUGGCGAAACCAGUCUUAAGCAGAGGCGUGUCCCUGCCUCGAUGAUACUUUAUUCAGGGGUCAGUUUGUUAUGUCGUAUGAAAAUAUUGCUGAUUGGACUUGCCGUAGUGAAAAGCGAAGAGUGUAGCCGGAAUGGAAAUUUCUGA